AUGAAAGAAAAAACAGGAAAAAACUAUAAAAGAAAACAACUUAAAAACAAAUGGGAUAUUAUGAAAAAAGAAUGGAAGCUUUAUGACCGUUUAAUGAGGAUUGAAAUUGGAAUUAGUGGGACAAGAAGUUUAAUAGACGCCUCGCCUGAGUGGUCGGAGGAGAAAAUAAAGGAGAAUAAAGAAUAUGCCAAAUUUAGGGACACAUAUUUGAGCAUAUUUGACAUGAAAUACGCUAUUUUGUUUCGGGAUUCUGUUGCUGUUGGAGAUAAGACUAUGACUCCGUUACAAUUUCAAAACACCGAAGAGAAUAUGGAGGGCGAAGGAGAUAGUGAUCAAAUCAAUUUAGAUGACGAUGAGACUCUUUUUCCUAGUUUCCCUGAAAGUAGUUCAAGUAAAAGGAAGAAGUCUAAGAAUGUUUCCAACAGUCGUUCAACCAAGAGUAAAACUUCAAUCUACGAGGAAAAAGUAGAUGCUUUAUUAGAUGCCAUAUCAACAAAAAGUACACAAACUUUUCCUCAAAAUAAUCUCUCCCCAACAAUAGCAGAUUGCAUGACCGUUGUCAUCAAGUUUCCCGGUUUCGUUGAAGGUUCCCAAGAGUAUUCACAAGCAUUGCUUGUCUUCACCAAAAAACAAAAUCGUGAAGCUUUUAUGUUUCCAACUAGUGAGGAUGCAAAGAUGGAGUUUCUUAAGAUGGAUAGUGAUGAUUCUAAUUCUUCUGACAAUAAUGAGGAAUGUUGGGUGGAAGAGGAUAGAGAAUUUGAAAUGUUAAGUGGGUUAGCUCUGAAAGGGAUAAUACUAGCUUGUAAGAUACGUAGGCCAUAUCACACUUCAGCCCGCACCGGUCACAUAUUUAUUAAUGAAGUAUUAAAUGGUCAUCCUAGACGGUGUUACGAGAUGUUUAGACUGCAUGUACCGGUUUUUAGACAAUUAUGCAUAGAUCUUGCUACAAAUUACGGACUUCAACAAACACGGAAUAUAUCUGUUCAGGAGUCGGUAGGAAUAUUCUUGAUGGCUUUGUCCCAUGGAUGUAGCAAUAGAUUUGUGCAAGAAUUUUUUAAUCAUUUUGGGGAAACGAUUCAUAGGCAUUUCCAUACAGUUUUGGCAGCUGUUUUUAAGAUGAGUGCCGACAUCAUCAGGCCAGCCGCCAACUAUAAUGAUGAAGUUCCCGAAUAUACAUUAAACAACCCUCGAUAUUAUCCAAUGUUCAAGGAUUGCAUUGGCGCUAUAGAUGGGACACACGUUAGGGCAUCCGUUCGACAACAUGAGGAAGCGAAAUACGUUGGUCGAAAGGGAUAUGCUACACAAAAUAUAAUGGUUGUUUGUGAUUUUAACAUGUGUUUCACAUUUGUGUGGGCCGGAUGGGAAGGGACUGCAUAUGACACAAGAAUUUUUAAUGAAGCAUUACAGAGACCGGAUCUUCAUUUUCCGUUUCCAACGGGUGAUAAAUAUUAUGUUGUUGAUGCUAGAUACCAAAAUACCAGAGGGUAUCUUGCUCCAUAUAAAGGAACUAAUAUUCGUUAUCAUUUACCGGAUUUUCGACGUGGACAUACUGCUGCUAUACGUGAACCUCGUGGACCGAAAGAGAAAUUUAACUUUUACCAUUCAUCAUUGCGAAAUAUCAUUGAACGGACUUUUGGAGUAUGGAAAGCUAGGUGGACGUUAUUAAGAGAUAUGCAUGUCAAUUACAAGUACGAGCACCAAGUGAGUAUUGUGAUUGCAUCGAUGGCAAUCCAUAACUAUAUUAGAAAGACCGGUAGGUUUGAUGAAGCAUUUAAUAGGGCACAACAAGAAUCCUACAUUCCUGCACACAAUCGCACUAGUAGUGAAGGUGACGAAGAAGGUCCAAAUACACAUCGUAUGAGUAAUGAUAGCUCGUAUAUGGCAGCGAUACGAGAUAUUGUUGCGCACGAUAUAAUGGAAUUUCGGAGAUGA